AUGGAACAAAUUCCCGUUUUAGCUCAAGAUCAACAUAAUUUGAAUGAGUUUUCUGUUUUGCAUUCUAGAAGAGCUGUUCAAGAAUUAGAGCUUAAAGACAUCAGAACUCAAGUAGAAGACGUUGUUGAUGCCAAAAAUGAAUGUGAACUUUUAGAUGAAGAUGAUGUGGAUCAAAUUCCUUUAAUCAAGAUUGGCGAUGCCUUUUUUCAAGUCUCUUUGGAUACACUGACUGAAGAGCUUGAAGAAUCAGAAUCCAAGUUGGAAAAGCAAAGUGAACAAUUAGAUUCUCAUAUGGAGAUGGAUCAUUCACGUAUUCAAGAGCUCAAAAAUCUUCUCUACGCAAAGUUCCAUGACCAAAUUAAUCUUGACUAG